GAUUAUCCUUCAACAUUAAAAAAACCGGCAAGAUCUGCAGAAAAGGCAAUCGCCGGAAAGUCUCUGCUUAUACACUUAAAACUCAACCCUAGCUGCCACGAAUUUGGGAAAUUUCUAAAUUUAAAAGCUGCAGUUUGAAACUGGAGUUGUACAAUUGGCAGCUGUGAAUUAUGGCGGACUUGGAAAAUUUGUUACUAGAGGCGGCUGGAAGAACUGGGACAUCUGGAAGGAAUAGGAAUUCGAUUCCUCCGUCGAGGCGGCGACGGGAGGGUUCGUAUUCGGAUGGUGGAAGUGACUCUAGAGAUGAUGAUUCGGAUGAUGACCGCGGCUAUCCAAGCAGGAAGCCGUCGGGUUCUCAAAUUCCUCUGAAGAAGAGACUGGAUGCUGCUGAGAAAGAUGAUGAUCAGGGUAGUCAGGAUGAGGGUGAUUAUGAUGAUGGGGGUUCUGAUCGUGAGGGUGAUAGCAGUGACGGAUUAGAUGUUGGGGAGGAUUUAUAUAAAAAUGAUGAUGAUCGGAGGAAGCUUGCUCAGAUGAGUGAACUUGAAAGGGAGAUGAUCUUAUCUGAACGGGCAGAUAAAAAGGGAGAUAAGAAUUUGACUGAGAGAAUUCGGUCCAAACGGGAUAGUGAGAGGACGACUCGUUCAAGGAAAGAGACUCCACCUCUUGCGUCAUCCCGUGGUGUGCGCACUUCAGCUAGAUCUGCUGACAGGGCAGCUGCGAAAGAUGAUGCUCUAAAUGAAUUGAAAGCCCGGCGUUUAAAGCAGCAGGACCCUGAGGCUCACCGUAAGUUGAGGGACGCAUCUAGAGGAACUUCUAAAGGCCGAGGCUUCUCACCAGUCAAGCAAAAACGUUUUACGUCUGCAAGCUUGAGUAGCUCUAGUAGUGAGAGCGAGAGCAGGUCCCAUAGUGAAGAUGAAGGGUCAACAGGCGAUGGUGGUAUGGCAGAUAGUGAUGAUGAUGGAGAGCCUGGGUCUAAGGGUCCAACAUACGAUGAUUUAAAGCAAAUUACUAUACGUAGAUCAAAACUUGCUAAGUGGUUUAUGGAACCAUGGUUUGAAGAGUUGAUUGUCGGUUGCUUUGUGAGAGUUGGGAUUGGGAGGUCAAAGUCCGGGCCAAUCUACCGGCUCUGCAUGGUUCGAAAUGUUGAUGCAGCAGACCCUGACCGACCUUACAGACUGGAAAACAAAACAACAUACAAGUAUCUGAACGUUAUUUGGGGCAAUGAAAGCUCCGCUGCCAGGUGGCAGAUGGCUAUGAUUUCAGACUCCGGACCGACAGAGGAUGAGUACAAGCAGUGGGUCAGGGAGGUGGAGCGUACUAAUGGCCGGAUGCCAACCAAACAGGAUAUUCUCGAAAAGAAGGAGGCCAUAAGAAAGUCGAAUACAUUCGUUUAUUCAGCAGCCACUGUGAAGCAGAUGUUGCAGGAAAAGAAAUCUGCGUCUACGAGGCCACUAAAUAUUGCGGCUGAAAAGGACAGGUUGAGAAGAGAAAUGGAUGUAGCACAAAGUAGGCAAGAUGAGGCAGAGGUGGAGAGGAUCAAAUCUAGAUUUCAGGAACUGGAGGCAUCUCGGCAAUCCCAGAAGAAUAGUACAAAAGCUAUUAGAUUAGCGGAAAUGAAUAAGAAGAACAGAGUUGAGAAUUUCAGAAAUGCGUCAGAAUUGAAACCAGUGAAAACAGGUCUGAAAGCCGGUGAGGACGGUUAUGACCCAUUUUCAAGGAGAUGGACUCGGUCAAAAAAUUACUAUGGAUCAAAGCUUCCUCGUGGAGAUCCGACUGUGACGACAAAUAGUGUAGCCAACGGGACAACUGUUAUCGUAAAUGCAAAUGGGACGGUGUCAGGCAUGGCUGCUACAGCAGCUGCUUUGGAAGCAGCAGCUGAUGCAGGGAAGUUGGUUGAUACAGCUGCUCCCGUGGACCAAGGCACCGUCACAAAUACACUACAUAAUUUUGAGCUUCCGAUCUCGUUGACUUCACUUUUAAAGUUUGGUGGAGCACAGGGAGCUCAGGCAGGAUUCAUGGCAAGAAAACAACGGAUAGAAUCAACUAUUGGAUGCAGCGUCUCUGAAAAUGACGGGAAGAGGCAUGUCCUCACUUUGACAGUUAGUGACUACAAGAGGAGAAGAGGACUUUUGUGAAAUGUGACGAUCAACAUCUUCUCCGGUGACAACCUCAGUUUCUGCUUCCUUCAGGCCACUAACGACUCGAUGCGUUGCGAUGAUCUGGUUAGUGUGGAGGGUCAUAACAUUGUCAAAGAAGUGUUAUAUAUUUGAUUUCCUUAGUUCUAAUACUAUGAUGCAGGUAUUUUUCUAUUGGCUUUAUUUGUGUUGUUAAUUGAUAUACGAACUGCAAGAACUUGAAUGAUGGUGUUGUCAGAGCGGGAUGAAUUCAUCCGUUUGAA